CUUAGGCAAUGUGCGAGAAAAUUCUUAUUUUCAUUUUAUCAAACCAUUAAUGGUGUGAAUUAGUGAUCCUUUGGAAAAAGAAGUAAUGCUUGGAAUUCGUGGUGUUUUUCUGAUCGUUCUUUACGAAGUUUGAAUUGGACGGCUUUUUAUAUCUUAUACUCAAAUCCACGAAAUUCGAAAUUCGCGCCGCGCACAUGCAGUAUCUCGUGAAAAUGAUGCAAUCAGCAAGACAUGCUCAAAGCUCUCCGGUGAAGCCACUCCUUUUGCCCGUUAAAAUUGAGCCUGCGCUAAGUCCUGAAGCGCGAAGUGAAUCUGGAUGUGAGGUUGAAGAAUUGGGAGUUAAGGCUGCUGUAAAUAUCUCUCCGAACGUUGUUAGUCAUCCAAUCAGUAUCGAGGAAAUAACGGACGACCAUCAUUUUUCAGCAAAUGAACAAGUUUUCGUCGAAACGUCUGAUGGAUUCUUGGAGGCCAGAACAAUCCGCGAGAGCUCAAAUAGAUACCACGUCCCCUUCGACUGGUUUAAGAGCAUAGCUCUUUCUAGAGAUUGUCAUGAGUGCAAUAUUCAAUUAGAGAUGUGUGACGGAAGAUUUUUACGACUAAGAGUUAGCAAAUUCAUCUCCAAAGGGGAAUCUUUGAAACUGUGGUUUUCUCAGGAGUUGCUCCUUGCCUUGAAAGUUCCGUUCCUAUCGCCCAUGAACAUACAAGAUGAAAAGCUCUACACCUGCAACCUCUGCGACUACAAAUGUGAUAUGCCGAACCCGCUUAAAAUCCACCUGGCUCUGAGCUGCGGCGAGGAAAAACUAAGCAGUCUUUGGACCCGCUUAAGGGCAAUACUCAAUCCAUUUAACACUCACACCAGCCCGAAACUUAGCUCAUUUUACCAACACUCCGACACAAAAGAGGAGAGUCCUUUCCAGUCGAACCUGAUCUUAUCACCCAUCCGAAGUCCCGAGAGGCCGUGCGUGAGCUUAUCACCAAUCCGAACACCCGAUAAACCUUGCGUAAGCUUAUCGCCUAUCCGCACAUCCGAUAAGCCUUGCGUGAGCCUAUCACCGAUUCGCACACCCGAUAAGCCUUGCGUAAGCUUAUCACCGAUUCGCACACCCGAAAGGCCGUGCGUCAGCCUAUCACCGAUCCGGACUCCUGAUAAGCCGUGUGUGAGCUUAUCACCAAACAAUGACAAACUUAUCAACGGUGAUAGUCGACGAGCUCUGACGAAGCGACACUCGGCGUUCAAGCCGUACUCAACCCACUCCGUUUCGUCGUGGUUUGAAAGCUCGCGUCCGGAAGAGCGACCAGCGGUGAAACUUUGUGCAAGUGAGCUUUUGCUUUCGCAAAGUUUGGGACUCGCGACGAGCUGUGCCGUCGCACCAGGGUGCAACUCUUUUCUGACCUCGAGCUUGGCUUAUCACGGCACCGGUAAGCACAGCACCCUGUACAAGGACCCGAUGGAGAAAAACGGAGUGCAGCUUUUCCAGCAGCAGGCGGCCGAAAUCGAGACUUUCAUCAGUAAUCUUGGCAAGUCGAAGCAAGGACAUCUAUGCAUCUACUGCGGCAAGACUUAUUCUCGGAAGUACGGGCUUAAAAUCCACAUCAGGACACACACGGGAUUCAAGCCACUCAAAUGUAAAUACUGUUUACGGCCUUUCGGUGAUCCUAGCAACCUCAACAAACACAUUCGAUUACAUGCCGGAGGAAAAACACCCUACAAGUGUGAUCUUUGCGGGAAAAUCCUUGUUAGACGGAGAGACCUAGAAAAGCACAUUAAAUCACGGCAUUAUUCAUGUCGACCAUAGUUUUCUCUCUCCUUUUUCGUACUCAGUAAGUGACCAAAGAUUUUGCUCAAAAUUAUUAUUAUAUAUUUAUACUGUAAAUAAUCAUUGUUACAUGAUUGAUAGUAAUAAAAUAUUUUUUUACCUCUUUAAA